AUGCUGCGCAACUCGCUGCGCCCGCUCGCGCGUCUGGCGCGGCCCGGCGGCCGCGCCUUCGCAGCCGUCGGCGACGCCAUUCCCGACGUCAGCCUGGACGUCGAGUUCCCGCCGAAAGAGGUGUCGCUGAAGCAGCGCCUCGCCGGCCGCAAGGUCAUCCUCGUCGGCCUGCCGGGCGCGUUCACGCCCACCUGAUCCGAGACGCAGGUCCCCGGGUACCUCGGCGCGGCCGACGCGCUCAAGGCCAAGGGGAUCGACGAGGUCAUCAUCUUCUGCGUCAACGACAGCGCCGUGAUGAAAUUCUGGGCAGUAGACCAGGGCGUCGAGGACAACGACAAGUGCUACUCGAUGCGCUACGUGAACCGGUCGGAGCAGAAAGUCUCCUUCAUGGCCGACACGUCCGGCGCGCUGACGCGCGCGCUGGACCUCGAGCUCACGCACGAGAACCCCGUGCGCGAUCUCGGGCCGGGCCGCUGCAAGCGCUUCGCGGCCUACUACGACGACGGCGUGCUCAAGGCCCUCGAGGUCUCCGAGGCGCCGGGCGACCCGGCCGGCGACGACGACCCGCACGCGUCCUGCGUCGACAACAUGCUCGCGCACGUCUAG